AUAGCCGAGGUUCCGACUAUGGCAAUAGACUUGGUGAGUAUAGAAGAAAACUCGGGUGUGUUGCAAGAUGAAAUGCUGGCGCACCGUCUGGGUCUUUUACCCAUUGAUUCAACGAAUAUUCGGAAAUAUGUUAAUAAGAGUGAGUGUAAGUGUAGUGACGCGUGUGCGAAGUGUAGUGCAAAGUAUUCGUUGAAUAUCCAAUGUCCUCAAGACCGGAAUUUUACGGUGACCCAUUUUGACGUGUUGAGUCAUAACCAGUCGCCGCCACUGGUGCCGAAGCCGGAGGAUGGGGGAGCAGGUUUGAUAAUCGCGAAGCUUACUCAGAACCAGUCCAUCAAGGCGGAGUUAUUGGCGUUCAAAGGCAUCGGCAAGAUCCAUACGAAGUGGAGUCCGUGUGCCACGGCGACAUUCCGAUAUCUGCCGCAUAUAACCAUCAACCAGGAGAUGCAGCGCCAAGUUCCUACGUCCGUGAAGAAGGCGCUUGUGGAAAACUGCAAAAAGGGUCUAUUUAGAUUAGUGCCCGUCGCCCGGUCAAGUGCAGACGAUGUCAAGGACGGUGACUUUUACGUCUUCGGGAAUGAAACGGAAGCAGAAUAUAAUCUCGUCGUCGGCGACCCGUCCGUCUUCGUCUUCAAUAAAGACCACGAAGAAGUCCUAUCCGCACAUGGUUACAAGGAUUUCGUCAAGAUCGACCACAUCCUGGAUACCUUUCUCUUCGAUGUCGAAGGCUCAGGCGCCAUGCCAGCCCUCCAAAUACUCAAAAUGGGUCUCGAAGUCCUCAUACAGAAACUAGACGACAUCCUCGAAAACUACAGCUCACUCCCCCAAGUCUCCCAAGCCGUCUCUGGCUUCGGACGCGGCGUUGGCGCAGGCGCCUCAGCUGCAGCUCUGGACCUUAGCUAA